AUGGGUGCCCUGCUGCCAUGCGGCAGUCGCGACAAAGCACCGCCCAAACGGCCCGUGGACCUCAGCGCGGCCUGGCGUCGGGCUGCAGAGGUGCCACCCUUGCCGGGGCCCAACGAGGAGUUGGAGGAACUGCUGGGAGAACGGUUUCAGACACCUCAGAAAGCAGAGUAUCACCGCGCUCGAGGAGUCUUGGGCAUCGAUGACGUGGCCUGGGAUGGUUUGUAUCGAGCGACCUGGAACCCCGAUUCCACCGGUUUCCCCUGCGCCAUUUGCUCCGUCCAAAGCGUGGCGGAAGUGCAGCGGGUGGUGAAAUAUGCCGCGCAGCAUUGUUUACCAGUCCAGGUACGCCUUUGUGUGGCUGCGGGGCGACAUUCGCAUAUGUGUAUGCUGGACAACACCUUGGUUCUCGACUUGCAAGGGUUGAGCUCUGUGGAAGUCUUCCCUGAUCUGCACCUGGCGAAAGUACAGGGUGGCGCGCAACAGGGACAGCUGGAUGUGGCUUGCGAACCUCACGGCUUAGCGACCACUGCAGGACACAACGCGAGCACUGGCUGUGGCGGAUUGAUCCUACAGGGUGGCCACGGGUUCCUCGAAAGGAUGUUUGGUCUUGUCAUUGACAACCUCGUGGAAGUGGAAUUGGUGUUGGCCAACGGCGAGUUGGUGAAAGCCAAUGCGAACGAGCACCACCCAGAACUCUUCUGGGCCAUUCGUGGUGGAGGUGGCAACUUUGGGGUUGUGGUCUCGUUCACGUUGCGCCUACAUCCCCUAGGACCGGUCUAUGCUGGGACCCAGAUCCACGCGGCCCAAGGUGCGGGGGAACGAGAGGAGCUGCUGACAAAGUUUUUCGAAAAGACGGUGAAUGGGCCAGAUGAGGCCACAGGCUUGGUGGUGCUUCCCUGCGGUGGCCCGAUGAUCGAAAUGUUGCUCUGGGUCGGUGCGCCUUCCCAAGGGCAAGAGUACUUUCAACGUCGCGCCUCUGGGCCGUUGCUGUCAGAUACCAUGGGAGUGAAAAGUUACCAUAACGACGUGCAACGCUUUAGCGAUCCAGAUGGAAAUGGCAAAGCUGUGUAUCAAACCGGCGUGCUGCUGCCGGAGUGGUCCAAGGAGGCGGCUGCCAAGAUCAGCGAGUUGGUCUCGAGUCGAGCGCCCAACGCGUCCUCGGCCAUUCUGCUUCUGCCGUUGGGCGGUGCUGUCAUGCACAUGAGACCAGAAGCCACGGCCUAUUGCUUUCGCAGCAUGAAGGUCUGGGUCUUGGUCUCCGGGCAGUUCGAGGUGAAUUCCGAGGACCGUUCCAAGGUGGUGAAGUGGGCCCGUGAGGUGCGCCAUGAGCUGCUGCCCUUCUCAGCUGGCGCAGGCUACGGUGCACUAGACGAGUCCGCGCAGCAUGAUGCUGCGACCUUCGCACAGGACGAAUCGGAAGGUGGCGCCAUUGGCAUCUUCACCAACACUGUGCAGAUCAACAAGGAACGCAACAUCUUUGGGUCUAACCUUGGACGUUUGCAACAGAUCAAGGCCAAAUACGAUCCCAACAACGUUUUCCGUGCCAAUGACAACAUUGUGCCUGCAAGUUGAGAAAUCAUGGCCACGGAAUCCACAACCAGUGGUUGAUUAAAGUGCG